GGUAUUCCUCGAUUUCUGAGAGGCGGUCGUUGUUUUUCUUGGGCCAUUUUUCUGCUUAUUUAAGUGCAAUCGACUUCUUAUUCGCAAUGAACACAUUUAUGUUGCUUAUUUGUGUAGAAAAUGACUAGUUAAUUAAUAUUGGGUAUCGUAUUUUAAAAUAAAUACAAUGCCUCCAAUAAACUCUAAGGGGAAGAGUAGUGCAGAGUACGAGAACAUCAUAGCCAAGAAAUGCACAGCAUUGGAUUUUGAGAGCUAUAUUCAAGAAAACAAGACUCUUCUUCUGAAUGAUCCUCUUAGGGACAUUCUUUUAUACCCAUCUGAUGAUGUUUCUAGUGUGGUCCUCCCGCGCCGCUGGCGAACAGUUACAACAGCGGUGCCUGACGUGAGGACUGCGUCCACUUGCCCUCUGCUCACUCGACAAGCCUUGCUCAGCUAUGCUUCCAGUUGGAAUCUUAUACACUUCAAGUAUAAUAGUUAUUCUGGCACAUAUCUUAAUUUACCCAGACCAAUAGAUAACAAAUUAAUAGAAGAAGUAUACGACAUAGACGCUGAAACGGAAAGCGACAAUGAAGCUCAAGCAGCCAAAGUUGACAUUGGCACCAAAGAAGGCUACCUGCUCAAAGGGCCCGAAAUCGGCUCAGACAGAAUAUUCAGCAAUCUCGCUUCGAAAUCGUUCAAAAAACGCUAUUGCUCAAUGGUCAGAGAAGCUGAUGGUGCUUACAUUCUCGAGGUAUAUAAGGAUGAAAAGAAAACUGAUACGAAGCUCACUAUCGUCAUGGAUUUUUGUUCUGACGUUGUCAAAAACCCAAAGCGCGGACGCCACUGUUUCGAGUUACGUAUGUCUGGAGGAAAGGGUUACACAUUCUCGGCCGAUAAUGAGGAGGAAAUGAAUGAGUGGAUAACCGCAUUCAAUGCGGCUUUGAAGAAGAACCAGGAUUGUCCAGAAAUCAACCAGGAUGAGGCAUUAGAUAAAGACGCAGAUGUCUCACUGACAGCAGAACCGCCACCUCCAACCUACGGAACGCUGAAAGGCCUCGAGCACAGCAUGAACCCCCUUCUGAUGCGGUACUCCAGAGAGACGGACAUGUCCAUAGCGGCGGCGCGCAACGAGUGCCGCGCUAACAUAUUCAGCAUGCCGUAUAAGCGGACGCCGUCGCCGGAACCACAGUUGGAACCAUUUAAAGAACACUUCGGCCAAAAAAUACUGCUCAAAUGCGAAAGCUUAAAAUUUAGGUUACAAGCGCCAAUAGAUGGCGACAAAGAGCUAUUAUGCCAAGUAGAACCUUACUUCACUUACCUCGCCCUAUACGACGCAAGGAGCGGCAAGAAGUUAACGGAGAGCUUCCAUUUUGACCUGAACCACGCGGCGGUGAAGGAUCUAGUCAUGGACGUCGAGGAUACCAACUCGCUGGUCGAGAACUUUAGCUGCGAUGUCAAGUUAGAUGUUAAAUUGAUCCCGGAGGAAUGGUUUAGGUCAAAGAGACAGGUCCUCUUGUCAAUAAACAAUCCCCACCCAGACCUGUUUCUAGUAGUGAAAAUUGACAAAAUCCUGCAAGGCCACGUGAGCCAAGUUCUGGAGCCCUACCUCAAAGCCACCAAGGACCCUCGCCUGGGACUGAAGGUCCACAAAACCGUCCAGUCGUACGCCCACCGUGUUGGCACCUAUAGGAUGCCGUUUGCUUGGACUGCGAAGCCGUUAUUUAAGUUAUACAGCAACGAUUUGGACACGACCCCCGAAUUUCCCGCCAUUUACCGUCAAGAGCCGAACAAAAUGUCGGACGAUGAUUUGCUAAAGAUCCUGUCAGAUUUCCGGAAGCCGGAAAAGUUAGCAAAGCUAAGUACUAUACCGGGUUGGCUCAAUAUCAACAUUUCGCCUAGCAACGAACAAAUACCAAACUGUAUGACAACAGCAUACGCGGCACUCAAGCCAUUUCCACUGCCCCCUGCCUCGCCACUCACCCUGGAACUAGCCACACUCAACAUGGAACCAGAACAGCCGUAUGCGGCCUUCAUACACCACUUGUACGUCAGGCCUCUGUCGCUGAACUUUGAGUCGCAGAAAAUGUUCGCUCGCGCGAGGAAUAUCGCCUGUUCCAUUGAGUUGAGGGAGAGUGACACGGGCGACAAUAAACCCUUACAGGUGGUCUACGGGCGAGCCGGCAUGACAACGCAAUACCGGUGUUCAGUGCUGCACCACAACGCCAACCCCUCAUGGAGCGACGAAGCUAAGAUCCGCUUGCCAACCACCAUCACGCCAAACCACCAUCUGCUGUUCACGUUCUACCACAUAUCCUGCGACUUGACUAAGAAGAAUGAUGCUAACGUCGAGACGUGUAUUGGUUACGCAUGGGUGCCCUUACUGAAGAACAACAAGUUUGUGGACGAGAUCGUGAAUCUCUCCAUAGCCACGCAUUUGCCAUCGGGUUAUCUGUCCAUACAGCCACUCGGACUUGGUAAAGGAAACGCAGGCCCCGAAGUAAUCUGGGUGGAAGGCGAGAAGCAACUCUUCCGCUGCCAACUGGUCCUAGACUCGACCGUAGCAACCCGUGACACACACUUGCACAACUUGUUCGUGCAAGCGGAGCGACUGAUCAAAACCAACUCGCCGCCGACAUCGCCGUCGCCUCCGCCGUGGAAUGACGUCUGCAACGCUUUGAAAGCCGCGCAUGCGAUCAAACUGAGUGCGCUGGUGGCGUUCCUGCCGACGAUAUUGAACCAGCUGUUUGAGUUGAUGACGGUAGAGAAAAGCUACACACAGGAUAUGGGCUAUCAGAUUGUCAAGUUGAUUGUGCAUUUUGUGCAUAUGGUUCACGAUUAUGGACGGAAAGAUUUGCUGGAUAGCUAUGUCAAGUACGUGUUCAACUGCGUAGAGUUCAAACUGCACACAGUAUUGACGGCGCCACUGUACAUGUUCGUGGACCCGAACCAGCAAGACUUCCUGCUGGGACACAAGUUCAUGCAGUACUCAAGUUUCUUCUUCGAUAUUAUAGUCAAAAGCAUGGCGCAAUAUCUUAUUAACACUGGAAGGAUUAAGAUGUCUCGAAACGAAAGAUUUCACGCUGAUCUCUUGGACAACAUUGAAAAAUUGGUCACAACCGUUGAGCCAUCAUACAUUCUGCAACAGCCUCUGCAGACCCACAUAUUUAACAAAAAUCUUGCCUUAUUUCUUAAGUCUUGCCUGUCGUUUAUGGAUCGUGGCUUCGUGUUCCGCCAAGUCAAAAGAUACCUAGACAAGUUCAAAGCGUGCGAGCCUAAAGCGCUGUUCGAGUUUAAAUUCACGUUCCUCCAAACGAUAUGUUCGCACGAACACUAUGUGCCAUUCAACUUGCCAUUGCACUCAAACAAGCUGGGAAAAGAUAUGGAUGAAGACCCAGCAAAGUUAAAACUGUCAGAGGAAUUUAUUAUGAGGCAUUUUCUGUCAGGAGUAUUACUGAAACAAGUGGAGCAAUCCCUCCGCGAGGCCCCUCAAAAACGGCGCACGGCACUGGGCGUGCUUCGCGCCUUACUCACGAAACAUGAACACGACGAUCGCUACCGAUCGCGGCAGUGCCGCGCACGCCUCGCGCAGCUCUACGCACCCUGGCUCACUGUUGUGCGAGACAACGCGCACCGCCUAGUAACCAAAACACUAGCCAGUCCAGUAUUAGAAAAUGGCCAUGACAAAGUCGAUGGCGACGCGACCGUCAACCCAAUCAUCAACAACUCGACCAAAGACGUGGCUUCAGCAAACAGCACGCCGCGAAGAAACCGACUCACACUACACUUUGACCACACGCCAUUAAGGAAUUCUGCACAUUUCAAAGAUCCGCCGGUCGUGCAAAUUAACAGUUGCGGCAAAGAUCACGCAAACAAUGCGUCACAAAGCUCUCUAGAGUCCGUGUCGACCAUGUCGGGCGGAGACUCGCUCCCCAGGAACGCCGGCCGGUUGGACUUGAGCGAUAUCGGGGAUCAAGUCAAUAGAUUUGGUGUGAUGUCCGCGGAGGAGGUGCGAGAUGUGCUUUUGUGUUUCCUGUUUGUGUUGAAGUACCUAGACGAGGAGAGACUCGUGGAAUGGUGGAAGACGCAUACUACGGCGCAACAGCAAGCGUUUUUCAAUGUUUUAGAAAUAUGCGCAGAACAAUUCCAGUACAUCGGUCGCAAGCGCAUCCUGUCCGAACUAAAGGCGACCACGCCCGAGUGCAAUGGCAAGCCGAAGCCACUCAAAGCUAGAACGUUGCCGGCUAGGAUGAGCCCGCCUGACUUCUCGAAGGAACCGCCUAUUAUCGUCGAGAAAAAUAAUACCGUGAAUAGGGAAAAUCUCGCUACUGCGACGGUUACCACCGAGCUAGAAACCAUAGCCGAGCACGCCGUAGUUACCUCCGGUUGCCUCGCCACCGAGGUCGGCCUCACCAUAAUCGACCGCACCUGCCUCUUCACCAAGAACCUGGGCGCGGCCGAGGGCGCCGCGGCCCGCCCUUAUGUCAGGCUACUGCAGUUCCCUCAGAGCGAAACGCUUUAUAAGCACCUGUUUGCUGCCUUGAGGGCUUAUAUCAAUCAGUUCUCGGAGACGUUGUUUGAAGGUGGCAGCACAUUAUGCGCGGGCGUUGUAAGCGCCGUAGUGAGGUUGUGCGAGGCGCGUGCGGCGUGGUUGCGUCGCGAGGCAGCUGCCGCGCUGUACCUGCUCAUGCGUGCCAAUUACCAGCAUGGCGGCGGCGGCAGCCUCACCCGCGUACACUUGCAGGUACACCCUAUGUGCAGGCGUUGUCAGUACCGUAGUGAGGUUGUGCGAGGCGCGUGCGGCGUGGCUGCGUCGCGAGGCAGCUGCCGCGCUGUACCUGCUCAUGCGUGCCAAUUACCAGCAUGGCGGCGGCGGCAGCCUCACCCGCGUACACUUGCAGGUACACUCUAUGCAGCUGCCGCGCUAUACCUGCUCAUGCGUGCCAACUAUCAGCACGGCGGCGGCGGCAGCCUCACCCGCGUACACUUACAAGUCAUCAUAGCAGUCUCUAAGCUACUCGACACAUCGACGGCUCUCAACUGCAAACGUUUUCAAGAGUCCUUGUCUGUGAUAAAUUGUUUCGCCACCGGCGACAAGGCGAUGAAGGGGACAGGGUUGUCAACGGAGGUGGCGGAGUUGAUGCGCCGCGUGCGCACCGUGGUCGGGGCGCGGGCCAGACUCGCUGGCGUCGGCGGCAGUGGAGGCGCGGCGGGAGCGGGCAGUGUGCAUUUAGCGGAGCUACAACACGCGCUUGCCGCAUCAUGCCGCGCGACGCCGCGCCUGCGGCACGCAUGGCUGGCCACACUGGCCGAGCACAACGCGAGGCAGGGCGACCAUGACGAAGCUAUGUGCUGUCAACUUCACAUCGCAGCACUGAUAGCCGAAUAUCUAAAGCUGCGUGGUAACCUCGCGUGGGGCGCUGACGCCUUCACCGAGAUCUCCAUGAAUAUCCCCAAAGACGAGACCGGGCUCAAAAUUGACGAAGGUAUGACCGACGUCCAAUACAACGAACAAGCUCUUCUGGAUCAGCUGAUGAUCUGCACAGAGUUCGUCGACAAGGCGGAGAGGUACGAACUCCUCGGGCCGCUAUACCGGCUCAUCAUUCCCAUCUACGAACAAAGGAAGGACUACCAAGCUCUCCUCACAUGCUAUCAGCACCUCACCAAAGCUUACGCCAAAGUUAUAGAAGUCACGAACUCCGGGAAACGAAUGCUCGGAAGGUUCUAUCGAGUCGCGUUCUUCGGCAAGGCCCACUUCGGCGAAGACGAAGAAGGAGUAGAGUUUAUAUAUAAGGAACCGAAACUGACCUCACUGAGCGAGAUAUCGGAGAAGUUGCAAACUUACUACGAACACAAGUAUGGGGCGGAAAAUGUCAAGAUGAUUAUGGACUCAGCGCCGGUAAACCGAUCGGAGCUGGACAGUAAACUAGCGUACAUCCAAGUGACGUGGGUGCGCGCGGCGCCCUCGGGCGUGGCGGCGGGGACGAGCAGCGGCGAGUCCUUCGAGCGCGCGCACAACGUCAGGCGCUUCGUGUUCGAGACGCCCUUCACGAGGGACGGUGCGGCCCGGGGACCAGUUCACCACCAGCGGCUGAGGCUCACCAAGCUUACCGCUGACAAUUGGUUCCCGUACUUGAAGCGUCGCGUGCCCGUGAUCGAAACGCAAGUAGAAGAGAAAAGUCCCAUCGAGGUGGCGGUGGCCGAGAUGGAGGGCCAGGUGCUCGAGCUGACGGAGAUCGUCCACGCCAAGGCGCCCGAUAUCAAAAAGUUGCAACUCAGAUUGCAAGGCAGUGUGUGCGUGCAAGUUAACGCUGGUCCGAUAGCUUAUGCCAACGCAUUCCUUGAUCCCACUUUGGCUCCCAUGUAUCCAGACGACUUAGUUGACAAACUCAAAGGGACUUUCAAGGAAUUCCUGACAGUAUGUCACGCAGCCCUCCAGCUGAACGCAAAGCUCAUCAGCUCCGACCAAGUAUCGUAUCACGAGGCUUUAGAAGCCAACUACUUGAAGCUGAGCGACUCUCUCGCCGCGGUACUGGGGCAGCCGCUACACGAUAUACUCGUCAACGGAAACCUUAGCACCACCGUCACUGGUGUCGAAUUGGAUUCCAGCAAUGCCUAAAAAUACAUUUCAAGCA